CUUAUUUCCACUUUGCUUGCACGGGGAUGCCCGCUCACAUGCUUACCUAUAUUAGGCGUGUGAAUGGGGCCAAAUAUAUCUGUGAUGAAUGUGAAAUUGCUGAUGCAGAUAUUAUCCGCGAAUUAUGUGAGCAAAAUGAACCUAAUCGGAACAAUGAGAAACAUGAACAGGAUGUAAACGAUAUCAAUCAACUAAAAGGAGCCAUAGAAAAUAUGGAAAAGGAAGUAAUCAAAUGUAUUAGAGAUAUCAAACUCCAAACACAAAAUGAAGGUAGAUGUACCUGUGCUGAUGAAAAUGAACUAAAAACGACGAUGGACAAACAGCGGGAUGAAAUAAUCUCUCUGAAAGAAUGUAUUAAGCAACUAAAAUCAGAGAUUAAUAUUCGUGUGAACGAAUAUGAGCUAUUGCUCAAAGAACAAAGACUAGUCGUCAAAAGCAAAGAACAAGAACUGAAUAUGCAUAAAAGAUACAAUGAAAAUGAGGAAAAGAAAUCAAACAAGCUCCAAAGUGAGUUGGAUCAAACAGUUGAGCAACUCAAGAUGGCGAAGAAAGAAAUCGACAAAGUAAAUGAAGAAAAGAUCAAUAUCAAACGACAAUGGCAAGCCAGUGAAAGUGAUGGUGAAUGGAGGGAACAAAAAAGAUACACUCAUACUAGAGGAAGGAAAGAAGGAAGAGAUGAUAGAAAAUGGAGUGAAUAUAGAGGAAAUUAUCCCAGAGGAGAGGGACAAUGGAGAGAACGUAAGAGAUUCAUUUGUGAUAGACGAGAAGAAGGAAGAAGCCCUACAGGAGGAGGAUUAGAACAUAAAAGAUACAGCCUAUACAGCGAUGUUGCUGCCCCAUAUCGUGACGCUGACCGACCGAGGAAUGGUCAACCUCGACAUGCUCGAGAGAUAUCACCACAGAGGAAUGCACGAGAAGGAAAUGAGCGAACGACUGAGGGGAUGAACGCAAUACAUGAGGAAAGAAACGAUCACGAGUGUGAUAUGAGUAGAGAUAAACAUAACAUGUAUGAUGGAAGCAGAGGCCAAAUGAAUGACAAAACCGAAAAGAAAAUGAGAAAAGUUGUUAUAGUUGGAAAUUCACAGAUAAGUGGGAUUGAUCCUGAUAAGUUUUCCCAAAAUGUUAAGUUACAUAAAGUAAUUAAAUACACAAUGGAUGAUGUUGAGUCUUGGUUGAAAUCUAGUGAGGCAAAGCAAUCUCUAAGCGAUGCAGAAACCGUGAUAAUCCACGAAUUAACGAAUGACGUUAAACGGUCUAGUGCACUAGAUUGUGCUUGUAAAAUGAACAAUCUCAUUGGUCUGAUCAAAGUGUCCUUCAAAUCAAUUAAGAUAGUUAUAUCUCUCGGCACGCCCCGAGAUGAUAACCAAUUGUAUCAGCAGCGUGUGGACAUGGCCAAUAGUAUGAUGAUGGCUGAUGCAUUAUAUGACAGAAGAGUUAAAAUUGUUCAUCACAGAAACCUGCUCUACCGUGGAACAAUUAACACUAAUCUGUAUAGUGAUGAUCGUUAUCACCUUAGCAAGAAUGGAACUAGAGUUUUAGCAGGAAAUCUCCGAUGGGCAAUUGAAAGGAGCUCUUCACGAAAUAAACGAUAGACUUCUUGUUUAAGGUCUAUCUGAGGACCGAGAAACGUGAAUACACCUUAUGACUGAAAGAAAAAAUAUUCAAAUUUGUUAUUGGAAUGUAAAUGGGAUACAUAAGAGAUGGGACGGGGUUAAAUCUUCCUCAAAAUUGGAAGAAGAGGAUUUUGUCAACGUUUUUAAUUCAUAUGAUAUUGUUUGUCUGGCAGAAAUAAAAAUAGGGCCGAAGGAAAAUAUGUCUUUACAAGGAUAUGUCAAUAAAGUAAUAUGCAGGAAGAAACAUAAAAAUGCUAAAGCUGACUCAGGGGGCUUGGCCCUGUACAUCAAAGAAUCUAUUAAGCACCAGGUUGCAAUUAUCAAUAAUACCUCAAGCGAAUUUUGUUGGAUAAAGAUAGGUAAUAGUAUCCACGACUCAUUUGAGGAGCAGUAUAUCUGUUUUGUUUACUUAAGCCCAGAAAACUCCACCUUUUCGUCAAAAGUAGAUUUAAUCGAUGCAAUCAUGAAAGAUAUCGCAACUUAUAAGAACCGAGGUAAAUGUAUGAUAAUGGGUGAUCUAAAUGCUCAUACUAAUACCUUACCUGACAGCAUUGAAUACGAUUCAGAACGUGAUGGUAGGGUAUUACCAGUGCCUUUCACGCUCGAUUGUUCAGAGGCCUAUGCAAGGGUAAAUCAAGACACAAGGCCCGUGAACAAAAGAGGCAAAGAUGUGAUUGAACUUUGUAAAGCAUGUGAUCUAAGAAUAGUAAAUGGACGUAAACUUGGAGAUUUGACUGGGAAAUUUACUUGCUAUGAGGCGAAUGCCAGAAUUCCCAGUGUAUUAGAUUAUGCUCUUGUUGAAAAUGGUGCUUUGGAUGAUAUAUCAUACUUCUAUGUUGAUGAUCUCAAUAUAUUUUCUGAUCAUUGCCCAAUUGUCUUAUCUUUAAUGUCAUCC